UGAAGGUUCUUCGAAAUGUUAGGGUCCCGGACGGAUACGCUUCGAACAUUUCACGAUGUGUUCGGCUCAAGGACCGUACAAUUUCUGGCUUGAAGAGCCAUGAUAGCCACAUACUGAUGCAACAGCUUCUUCCAAUUGCACUGCGUAAGUCAUUGCCUGAUAAAGUGGUUAGACCUCUUGUGGAGAUUUCUGCAUUUUUUAGAGGCAUAUGCUCAACAAAGCUAUCACAAGAAGAUAUGGACCGACUGCAGGGUGACGUCUGUAUCACUUUGUGCAAGCUAGAACAGAUAUUCCCUCCAGGGUUUUUUACCAGCAUGGUCCACUUGGUUGUGCAUCUUGUGCGCGAGUGUAGACUAGGCGGACCCGUGCAGUAUAGAUGGAUGUACCCGGCAGAGAGGAGUCUGGGGAAUUUCAAAAAUAAUGUGCGCAAUAAAGCAGCUCCUGAGGGGUGCAUUGCGGAGGGGUACAUAGCGACCGAGCUGGUAACGUUCUGUUCAAGGUAUCUGAAUAACGCACCAACAUUCCACAACAGACCUCAGAGGAAUCCUGAUGGAUCCAAGGGAGCGGGCACGCGUGUUACCAUGAACCGGUUGAUAAUGCACCAGAUUCAUCGUUAUAUUGUGUUCAACUCUGAAGAGUUUCACAAUUUGCGGACGAUGCACAAAGACGCGCUUAGGCGAUCAUGCACUAGGGGUCGCAUUACGGAGGCUCUUAUUGAAGAUUAUAACCCAAUGUGA